AAACUUGGAAAAUUCUCCCGUUUUUUUUUUUCUUUUCUUAUUUUUCUUUCUUUUUUGGGAGUCGCUUCAUGUCUGUUGGCCAAGAGAACACGUGUCGAGGGAAGCAUCGUCCUUCAAGAGCCAAAGAGAAGCUCUGAGGCACUUUACCGCGGGUUUGUGCAGCUUUUCGCUGUUUUAUUUCGCUUCAAACGUUGAGUUUGGCGUGUUUGGUGGAACGCUCGCGUCUGACGUCACGCGUGUGGCCCCGCCCCCAUCACCCCUCGCUCCAUAAUUACAUGCUCUGAGCUUCGAUCUGCAUCUCAACCGGUUCCUGACCGGUAACCAUGGCGACCCGAGGCCACGCCUCCAGCUCGUUAAUGAGCAACCACACCAAAGAGCGAGUGACCAUGGCCAAGGUCACGCUGGAGAACUUCUACAGCAACCUCAUAACGCAACACGAGGAGAGGGAAAUGAGGCAGCAAAAACUGGAGAAGGUGAUGGAUGAGGAAGGACUGCCUGAUGAAGAGAAGCGCAUGCGUCGCUCCCAACACGCUCGUAAGGAGACCGAGUUCCUGCGUCUGAAGAGAACCAGACUGGGUCUGGACGACUUCGAGUCGCUGAAGGUGAUUGGACGAGGAGCAUUUGGGGAGGUGCGUCUGGUCCAGAAGAAAGACACGGGACAUGUUUACGCCAUGAAGAUCCUUCGCAAAGCCGACAUGCUGCAGAAAGAGCAGGUGGGUCAUAUCCGGGCGGAGCGGGACAUCUUGGUUCAGGCAGACAGUCUGUGGGUGGUGAAAAUGUUCUACAGUUUUCAAGACAAACUGAACCUUUACUUGCUCAUGGAGUUCCUGCCCGGAGGAGACAUGAUGACGCUGCUGAUGAAGAAGGACACACUGACCGAGGAGGAGACGCAGUUUUACGUAGCUGAGACGGUUCUGGCCAUCGACUUUAUCCAUCAGCUGGGCUUCAUUCACCGAGACAUCAAACCAGAUAACCUGCUGCUGGACUCUAAGGGUCACGUCAAACUGUCUGAUUUCGGCUUGUGUACGGGACUCAAAAAGGCGCAUCGGACUGAGUUUUAUCGCAACCUGAACCACAGCCAAUCAAACGACCUCACGUUUCAGCACAUGAACUCCAAGAGGAAGGCCGAGACGUGGAAGAGAAACCGGAGGCAGCUGGCCUUCUCCACGGUGGGAACGCCGGACUACAUCGCGCCGGAGGUCUUUAUGCAGACCGGAUACAACAAGCUCUGCGAUUGGUGGAGUCUGGGCGUCAUCAUGUACGAGAUGCUGAUUGGCUACCCUCCGUUCUGCUCAGAAACUCCUCAGGAGACCUAUAAGAAGGUGAUGAGCUGGAAGGAGACGCUGGUGUUUCCUCCGGAGGUGCCGAUCUCGGAGCGAGCGAAGGCUCUGAUCCUGCGCUUCUGCUGCGAGGCCGAGCAUCGCAUCGGAGCCGCCGGCGUCGACGAGAUCAAGAGGAACGGCUUCUUCGAGGGCGUCGAUUACGAUCACAUCAGAGAGAGACCUGCCGCGAUCCCCAUCGAGAUCAAGAGCAUCGACGACACGUCCAACUUCGACGAGUUCCCCGAGUCCGACAUCCUGCAGCCCACGAGUCCGGCGGUGGCCAGCAACCAUCACCCAGAGUCAGACUACAAGAACAAGGACUGGGUCUUCAUCAACUACACCUACAAGCGCUUCGAGGGCCUGACGGCCAGAGGAGCCAUCCCCGCCUACAUGAAGAGCGGCAAGCGAUGAAGCCUGAGCCAUUCUCAAACGCUUAGCGUGGCUUAAUGCAUUCAAACUGUGUUUUUAACCUUCAAAAAUCUAAACCUUCUAUUUUCCAUCUUAUUGAGACUCAAAUAAUACAAUUUCAUGAUUUUAUUUUUUCAAAACUUGACUCUUAUAUUUGUAUCCUACUGGUUAACUCGCACCUUUGGGGUAUAAAUUCACUGAAAACAGAAACUUGUUUAUCAAUGCUUGUUACAACAUGGACGUAACGUGGAGUACAGACCUUUUUAAAAGAAGACACACAGCAGAUUAUUGCUGAAGUGAAAGCAUCUCGUAUAAAAAAGUUAUAAAAGUUUACAGUAAAGAUAAUGUAGUAAACUAAUUGUUUUAUAUUUUAUAAAACAUGUUGCACUCUAAAAUUGCUAUGAAAUCAAAGCCAUUUAUCUAAACAAGUUGUGUUCCAAAUUUGAAGUUGAUAUCUCUAAAAUUGCGGUUCCUGUGAGAUUUUGUUUGGGUGCUAUACCAAAAAUAACCACUGGGUUAGACCCAAACUCUAUUGAGUUUUCUGUCACAAAUUAAUCAUUUUCUAUCACUUCUAUAACAAAACAGUCACCAAAUAUGGAACCUUGACUGUCAGACCUUUCCAACGAUAUGUGUUUUGUCAAGAUUACAAAAAGAUUUUCCUUACACACACUUGAACCUAAAAUAAUCAUGCAUAAAAUUCGAAAAGUACGUGAGCAUUUGAGUGUGCGGUAAAAACUAGAGUAGAGCGCCAUCUACUGUUAAAAUUUAAACUCAGAAUCGCGAUUUAUCAUCGCAGCCCUAAUAUAAUGUACAGACAAGCAGAUAUAAGCCACAAUACGAACGCAACACGUUUAAUUACGCGUUUAGCGUUUUCCUUCAUUUACAUUUACAUUUAUGCAUUUAGCAGACGCUUUUAUCCAAAGUGACUUACAUUGCAUUCAAGUUACAGUUUUUUUUUUUACAUUUUAUCAGCUCUUGCUUUCCCUGGGAAUCGAACCCAUGAUCUUGGCGUUGCUAGUGCCAUGCUCUACUAUUUGAGCUACAGGAAAGCCUUUAUAAGGAAAACGUUUAACGUUGCUUAAUGCGUUAAGACAGUGUUUUUAAAUGACCAAACUCAAUAAACAUUAUUAAUAAAUCAUACUAUGUACAGACGAACUUGAGUUUGGUCUUUUAAAACACUGUUUUAAAGCAUUAAGCCACGUUAAGCGUUUUCGUCCAAUAGAAAAACGUUUAGGAAACGCUUAACGCAUAAUUAAGCGAUAUUAUGGCUAAUAUCUGCUUGUCUGUACAUAGUAUGAUUUAUUAAGUGUUUGGUCAUUUAAAAAACACUGUUUUAAUGCAUUAAGCUGUAAAGUUAUGGGAAAUAUAAUAAUUAAUGCGGAAUUAAACGCGUUGCGUUUUUAUUUUGAACUCAUCUGCUUGUUUGUACAUGGUAUACUUUAUUAAUAAUGUGUUUGAGUUUGGUCUAUUAAAAACACUGUUUUAAUGCAUUAAGCCACGUUAAGCGUUUUUCUCGUUAAGCUUUUAAGAAUUUCCCAUUCAGAGCUGCGCACAGACCAAAACACUAGCGAACAAAUCAUCAAUCGACACUUCGCUUCGUUUUCACUUUAUAUUCACACCUGAAGAUCAUCAAAGUCGAGUUUUUAUGCUGGAAAGCUUUUGUGGGUAAGUUUUAGCAGAUCUAAUACCAAAAAAAUGCUUGUUUUUCUAUAAACGCAUUACUUUUGUAACGUUAGCGCCUCCCUUACGAAAAUUAACCAUGGUUUUUUACUACAAAUAAAACCAAAAAAAACAUGAUUCCUAUAGUUAAACCAUAGUAACCACAAAUUAACCAUGGUCUUGCUACACUAACCAUAGUUUAACCAACUGCGGUUAUACAAAACAAAUAUGGUUACACUUUUACUAUAAUAAAACCAUGGUUAAUUUUUGUAAGGUUUAUGAAGUGCUGUGGAUGUUUGAAGCUUUAUAUAUAUAUAUAUGUAUAUAUAUAUAUAUAUAUAUAUAUAUACACAUACACAUAUAUACUCUACCAGUCAAAAGUUUUUAAUGUCUUUUAAAGAGUUCUCUUCUGCUCACCAA